AUGUUGAUCAAUAACCAGAAAUUCAAUAACAACAGUUCAACAUUUGCGAUCUUAAGUAUAACGGUUAUUUCCACCGGCAAAUUUCUCCAGCUGUGGAACCGGCGUGGACGAGUAGACGAGGUAGCACUUUUUGGUGGUAGUUUGGUGAUGGGUGGGAGGUGCAUGCGCAAACGCAGUAGAGCAGACUGGUUGGCAGUCACAAGGGCUGGACGUCGGGUUCCACAGCAUCGGGGGUAUAGCAAGUCGAAAGUCCAGGGCAAGAGCGGAGUUGGUAUUUUGGUGGAUAGGGAGCUCAGAGAGUCAGUGGUAGAGGAUAGGCGGGUGAAUAAUAGAUUGAUAGCGAUUAAAGCAGUAGUUGGAGGGAGCACUCUGAAUGUCAUUAGCGCUUACGCGUUGCAAGCGGGCUUGGACGAGGAGGUUAAGAGGCACUUCUGGGAGGGAUCGGAUGAGGUGGUGCGGAAUAUUCCGCCUACAGAGAAGUUAUUUAUAGGAGGGGAUUUCAAUGGUCAUAUUGGGUCGUCUGCUGGAGGCUAUGGCGAGGUGCACGGUGGCUUCGGCUUUGGGAAUAGGAACGAAAGAGGUACUUCACUAUUGGAUUUCGCUAGAGCUUUUGCGUUGGUAAUCGCGAUCUCUAGUUUUCCGAAGAGGGAGGAGCAUUUGAUUACUUUCCGAAGUAUGGUGGCUACGACUCAGAUUGAUUAUCACCUCCUCAAGAGGUAUCUUGAUAAAGAGGAUGAAGAGGUUUGUAUGGGGUCAACGAGGAUUAGGUGGGGUGUUUUGACAAAGGAUAAUGUGCAGGAGUUAGAGGGGCGGCUGACGGCUAUGGGUGCCUGGAAGAGUGGUGGGGAUGCUAGCGCUAUGUGGAUGAAGACAACAGACUGUAUAAGGGAGGCGGCGAGAGAGGAGUUAGGGAUCUCGAAAGUCUACUCUGGCGGGCACCGAGACGACUGGUGGUGGUAUGAUGAGGCAUAA